AUGCCGAGAAAAUCUGAAAAAGUAAAGCCUGGUGUGAGGAAAUAUGGAAAGAAAAGUAAUUACACGCCUGAGAUUCUUCAAGAAGCUAUUGAAAAAAUAAAAUCAGGAGCCAUAUCGCGAGUAGGUGCAGCCAAAUUAUAUAAAAUACCCCCUGUGACAUUAUUUUAUAAAUUAAAAGAAAAGCAUGAUAAGAAUGUGGGUAGACCUAAAAUAUUUACUGAUGAAGAAGAAAACACUUUUGUUUCACAUCUUCUCAUGAUGGCCGAUUUGGGAUAUGGCUAUGAAUGGGGUACAUUAUUUUUAGAGAGACAUCCUGAGAUAAAAGAAAAAGUAGGACAUAAAAUUCCUAGAAAGAGAGCCCAAGUAAAUCGAGAACAAAUUGACGAGUUUUUUCGCAAUAUUAAAGAAGAAAUAGAAGGAGUUGCACCUAACAAUAUUUAUAAUAUGGACGAAACAGGCAAAAAGUUAUGGUCGGACUGGUUAUUUAAAGCUCCAUCUGGUUCCAGAAUGUCAGUUUCACAAUCUGGAUGGAUUGAUCAAUCAAUUUUCGAGGAUUGGCUGGAAAACCACUUUUUGCCUUACCUUGACAAGGAUGACGAAGAAGUCAGGCAAUCUGAUCUAAAUGUAGUAGGGAAAGCAAGAAAAUUUCAGUUGCCUGUGACAGCAGGAAAAAGCGUUUCAGCCGAAGAAGUGGAAGAGUAUCAGAAAAAUAGAGAAAAAGAAAAUAAAGGAAAACCAGUGACUGAGGGCAAAAAAAGAGGCAGGCCUAAGGGAUCUACAAAUAAAGGUAAAGUUAACAAAAAGCUAAAGUAUCAGAACAAGAAGCUUCAAAUAGUGCACAUAAUGUUGACUCUGCUAAUAAUGGUAUUGAGAGUUAGCUACAGAAAACUGAAAGACGGGAUCAAGUUGUCUGUGCUGAGAUACAUCAACAUGAAUCAAGAAUAA